AUGUUUACGUUCGCCGCUAAUCUAGAUGACAGUGUACCCAGUUUUGCCCCGCUAAGUGGUUUAAUAUUAUCAUUGAUAUUAAUUGUAAUAGUUAUUUGUUCAAUUGAUUGUGUUCGUCGAAGUGGUCAUUUUGAAAUCUUUACCCGUCUAUUAUACAUACCAUUUUUAAUAUUUUUAAUUUUACAUGGUAAUGGUUUCUGCAAAUGGUUUUGUGUUUCAGAUACAAUAUUUAUAAUUGAAAAAUUUUAUUCAUUUAUACAAUUUUGUCUUUCAUCACACGGUAAUACGAAAAUGAAAUGUGUUACAAGUUUUGAAUGUCAAUCGAAAGUGGGUACAAAAGUUGAAAAAACAAGUGUCAUUGCAUGA